UUAUUAUGUUAUCCCUUCUCUCACGAUGACAACGACACUUCAGCACAAGCAGGCAACAAGUAGUCAAUCUUACCAACACAGUCAUAGCCCAGAUCCCACAACAAAGGGUUGAUACAAUGGAUAGAAGUUGGAUGUCACAUACAAACAGAUUUAGCACUGAAUAUCAAGAAGGAAUUCGUGAUUUCUUAAAUCUUGCAAAACAAAAUACAGACUCCAGUGGUAGGAUUCGUUGCCCUUGCAAAGAUUGUAACAACUGCUUAUUUAAAAAGUUAGCAGAUGUCAAGUUCGAUUUGUUUCGACAUGGAUUUGCAGAGGAUUAUACUCAAUGGACACAUCACGGUUCUUAGGUACACUGAAAGACUCUGUGGGUAAUAAAGCUCGCCCUGAAGGUUCCAUCGCUGAAGCGUAUGUGAACAAAGAGUGUCAUAAUUUUUGUUCUAUGUACUUUCAUGGAGUUGAAACUCGAUAUAACAGAUUCGAAAGAAACUUUGACGGAGAUCAAAUAAUGAUUGAAAAUGAGUAUUCUAUUUUUUCACAAAAAGCAAGAACUUUGGGAGCUGCAAUAUAUUAUACAUUGUCCAAUUCUGAUUUCAGAACGAUUCAAUGGUAUAUACUUAUCAACUGUGAUGAGAUAGAAGAGUACUUAAAAAUGCAUAUGGAGGAAAUUCAAAAACAUGGGAAUGCUGACUUGCAACAAAGACAUCAAGUUGAAUUUCCCUCUUGGUUAAAACGAUAUGUUAUUAAGUUGCAUUUGGAUGCUUCACUUGAAUCGAACAAUCAUCUAUAUGUAUUAGGUAUUGGUCCUGAUAUACGUGUUAGUCGUUAUACUGGUAUAAUUGUGAAUGGGGUUAGGUUUCAUACUAUCAAGCGUGGAUCUAGUCGUCGCACUCAAAAUAGUGGUGUUUUAGUGCACGGAGUUCAUAAUUCAAAAGAAACUGAUUUUUAUGGUCAGUUAACAGAUAUUAUUCAGCUUGAUUACUGCAAUGGGAAUAAAGUUUUUAUGUUUGAGUGUGACUGGUGGAAUGUUGGUGACAAGAAAAAUGGCAUAAGAACAAAUGGAGACUUGAUAAGUGUGAACGUUAGUCGAAAAUGGUAUACAUGUGACCGUUUUGUCUUAGCUACUCAGGUGGAGCAGGUUUUUUACAUUGAUGAUGUAAAAAAUGGAGAUAACUGGAAAUUUGUGCAAAAGACAAAUCCCAGACAUAUAUACGAUGUUCCAGAAGUCGAAGGAAAUGAAAGUAAUCCAGCUCAUGAGCCAUAUCAACAAUUUGAACCUGGUUCCAAUGAUGUUCAUCAAACUAAUAUUGUUGAAUCAAGAAGAUGA